AUGGCUGACACCCCCGGAGACGAUCGCACCCUCAGUGGAGACGCCACUCCUCUCCCCGACGCUCAUCAUGUCGACAUUGCGCAGGCAGCAGAGCAGUUUACCCAGCUUCAGCGCGUCCUCUCCAUUCGUUCCCAACAAGGCGAGAGCACUCGCUCCGGCCACGAGACCGAAAAGGACAUUGAAAAAGGGGACAACGCCGAAACCGCCUUCGACCUUCGUGCUUAUCUCACCUCGUCCAAUGCAGAGGCCGAACGCGCUGGCCUCUCUCACAAGCACGUGGGUAUCACCUGGGAAAACCUCAUGGUGAAGGGUAUUGGAGGCGAGGGCUUCAAGAUCUAUAUCAAGACCUUCGGUCAGGAUGCUUUCAACUUCUGGCUUGCACCGUUCCGGUGGGCGCGGUCUCUCGCUGAAACGGCCGUUCCUGCCCUCAAACCCGAGAUGCCUCUUUCUACUAUCCUGAAGCGGCAAUCUGGUCUGCUCAAGCCUGGCGAGAUGUGCCUUGUUCUCGGCUGCCCAGGGUCGGGCUGCACUACCCUCCUCAAAGCGCUUGCGAAUCAGCGCGACGACUACGCUCAGAUCGAAGGCGACGUCCGCUAUGCCGGCAUCGACGCCGCGGCCAUGGGCAAAUACUUCAAGGGCGAGGUCGUCUAUAACGAAGAGGAUGAUCUCCACAUCUCCACCCUCACUGUCGCCCAGACCCUCGACUUCGCGCUCUCGCUCAAAACGCCUGGUCCAAAUGGCCGACUGCCCGGCAUGACGCGCAAGGAGUUCGAUGGGUCCAUCCGCGACAUGCUCCUCCGCAUGCUCAACAUAACGCACACCUCCAACACCUACGUUGGCGACGAGUUCGUUCGUGGUGUCUCUGGUGGUGAGCGCAAGCGUGUCUCGAUCGCGGAGAUGAUGGCCACCCGUGCGCACGUCCUGUGCUUCGACAACUCGACCCGUGGUCUCGACGCCAGUACUGCACUGGAUUUCGUUAAGGCAAUGAGGGUCAUGACCGAUAUCCUUGGACAGACCACUUUCGCGACUCUAUACCAAGCCGGCGAGGGUAUCUACGACCUCUUCGACAAGGUCCUCGUUCUCGACAAGGGCCGGCAAGUCUACUUCGGCCCUCCUUCUGAGGCUCGUGCCUACUUUGAAAGCCUCGGUUUCAAAUCCCUCCCGCGUCAAUCGACGCCUGACUACCUUACCGGUUGCACGGACCCCAACGAGCGACAGUUCGCCCCCGGCCGCUCCGAGGUCGACGUUCCCUGCACGCCGGAUGCGCUUGAGGAGGCUUUCCGUAACUCACGCUUCGCAGGCGACAUGCAGGCGGACCUGGAGAAGUACAAGAUGAAGAUGGAGACGGACCGGAGCGACCAAGAGGCGUUCCGCAACGCCGUGCUCGCAGACAAGAAGAAGGGUGUGUCGAAGAAGAGCCCGUACACACUCGGCUUCACUGGCCAGGUCAAGUCGCUCUUCCUCCGGCGGUUCCGCAUGAAACUCCAGGACCGCUUCCAGCUCAUCACUAGCUUCACGCUCUCGACCGCGCUCGCGCUGCUCAUCGGUGCCGCUUACUACAACCUCCAGCUCACCUCCGCGGGCGCGUUCACGCGUGGGUCCGUCGUCUUCGCCGGCCUCCUGACCUGCGCGCUAGACACGUUCGGUGAGAUGCCGUCGCAGAUGCUCGGCCGGCCCAUCCUCAAGAAGCAAGUCAACUACGCGCUAUACCGCCCGGCGGCGGUCGCCAUCGCGAACACGCUGUCAGACAUCCCCUUCUCGGCCGUGCGGAUCUUCAUCUACAACAUCAUCAUCUACUUCAUGGCGAACCUGUCGCGGUCGGCGGGCGGCUUCUUCACGUAUCACCUAUUCAUCUACAUGGCUUUCCUCACUAUGCAGGGCUUCUUCCGGACGUUCGGUAUCAUCUGCACCAACUUCGACUCCGCGUUCCGUCUGGCCACGUUCUUCAUCCCGAACAUGAUCCAGUACGCCGGGUACAUGAUCCCUGUUUUCCAGAUGAAGCGUUGGUUGUUCUGGAUCUACUACAUCAACCCGGUCGGUUAUGCGUUCGUCGGUGCCUUCGAGAACGAGUUCUCGCGGAUCAGCAUGGUGUGCGACGGCAGCUCCAUCGUCCCCCGGAAUCUCCCAGGCGGCACCAAGUACCCCAACGGCCUCGGACCCAACCAGGUCUGCACGCUCUUUGGUGCCGAGCCCGGUAACGACAUCGUCAGCGGCGCCGCGUACGUUCGCGAAGGCUACGGCCUCGACGUUAAGGACAUCUGGCGGCGCAACUUCCUCGUCCUCCUCGGCUUCCUGAUCCUCUUCCAGGUCACCCAGGUUGUUCUCAUCGAGCUGUUCCCCAACUUCGGCGGCGGCGGGUCGGCCACUAUCUACGUGGAGGAGACGGAGGAGACGCACAAGCUCAACGAGCGGUUGCGCGAAAGGAGGGAACAGAAGAAUUCGAACCGUAAGGCGGCGCUUGGGAGGGGCGACGAAAAAGUGGACCUCGAGGCCGGCGAUACAACCCAGUUCCACGGCCGACCCUUCACUUGGGAGAACAUCAACUACCACGUCCCCGUCCCCGGCGGCACUCGUCGUCUGCUCCACGAUGUUUUCGGCUACGUCAAGCCUGGCACUAUGACCGCUCUCAUGGGUGCCUCUGGCGCUGGCAAGACCACCUGUCUCGAUGUCCUUGCGCAGCGCAAGAACCUGGGCGUUGUCUCAGGCACUCUGCUCCUCGAUGGCAAGCCCCUCGACCUUGACUUCGCUCGCAACACCGCGUACGCCGAGCAGAUGGACGUUCACGAGGGUUCCGCCACCAUCCGUGAAGCCAUGCGCUUCUCCGCUUACCUCCGCCAACCGGCCGACAUCUCCAAGGAAGAGAAGGACAAGUAUGUCGAGGAGAUGAUCGAGGUGCUCGAGCUUCAGGACCUCGCCGACGCCGUUAUCUUCUCCCUCUCCGUCGAGGCUCGCAAGCGGCUCACCAUCGGUGUCGAGCUCGCGUCCCGCCCCUCGCUGCUCUUCCUUGACGAGCCCACCUCCGGUCUCGACGGCCAAUCUGCGUGGAACCUCGUCCGCUUCCUCCGCAAGCUCGCAGACAACGGCCAGGCCAUCCUCUGCACGAUCCACCAGCCCUCGUCGCUCCUCAUCCAGACCUUCGACAAGCUCCUCCUGCUCGAGCGCGGCGGCGAGACCGUCUACUUCGGCGGCGUCGGGCCCGACUGCCGCACUCUCCGCGACUACUUCGCGCGCCACGGCGCCGUCUGCCCGCCGACCGUCAACCCUGCCGAAUACAUGCUGGACGCGAUCGGCGCCGGGCUCGCGCCUCGGGUCGGCGACCGCGACUGGAAGGACCACUGGCUGGAGUCGGAGGAGCGCGCGGAGGCCGUCGCGGAGAUCGAGCGCAUCAAGCUGAGCACGGCGAACGACGGCGAGAUCCCGAAGAAGGUGACGAUGUACGCGACGCCGUUCUGGCACCAGCUCCGGUACGUCGUCGACCGGAACAACAAGAAGCUGUGGCGCUCGCCCGACUACGUGUUCAGCCGGCUGUUCGUGCACGCGUUCAUCGCGCUCUGGAUCUCGCUGUCGUUCCUCCAGCUCGGCACCGGCGUCCGUGACCUGCAGUACCGUGUGUUCGGAAUGUUCUGGAUCACAAUUCUUCCGGCCAUCGUCAUGGGUCAGCUCGAGCCUAUGUGGAUCCUGAACAGACGUAUCUUCAUUCGUGAAGCGUCCAGUCGCAUCUACUCGCCGUACGUCUUCGCGCUCGGCCAGCUUAUCGGCGAAGUCCCCUACUCGGUUCUUUGUGGUGUGGUCUACUGGGUGCUCAUGGUCUUCCCCAUGGGCUUCGGCCAGGGCAAUGCUGGUGUCGGCGGCGAGUUCUUCGAGCUGCUCAUCAUCAUCUUCAUCGAGCUCUUUGGUGUGAGCCUCGGCCAGUUCAUCGGUGCCGUCUCGCCGUCGAUGCAGAUCGCGCCGCUCUUCAACCCGUUCAUCAUGCUCAUCCUCGGUACCUUCUGCGGCGUCACGAUCCCCUACCCUACCCUGCCCACGUACUGGAGGUGGCUCUACGAGCUCACUCCGUACACUCGUGCCCUGAGUGCCAUGCUCUCCACUGAGCUUCAUGGUCUUGUCAUCCGCUGCAAAUCCGACGAGUUCAUCCGCUUCGACCCUCCGUCGGGGCAGACGUGCUCCGACUGGGCGGGCGAAUUCGUCAACAACUUCGGCGGGUACAUCGACAACCUCAACGCCACCUCGCAGUGCCGCUACUGCCAGUACGCUGUUGGCGACCAGUUCUUCACGCCGCUCAACAUCAGCUACAGCAACCGCUGGCGAGACGUGUGGAUCCUCUUCUGCUUCUUCCUCUUCAACUUUGCGAUCACGAUCGUUGCCUCACGCUUCCUCCGCUACGCCAAGCGGUGA